CUACCGCAUCUCCCGGGAGGUGCCCCGGCACCCAGCUGCCGUCUCCUGGUAUGACGAGUUCCAGAGGCUCUACGACACCAUCCCUUGCGUGGAAGUGCAGGCCCUGAGGGAGCACAAUGACCAGGUUUUGCACCUCAGCUUCUCCCACUCUGGCUGUUUGUUUGCAUCAUGCUCCAAAGACUGUACCGUCAAGAUCUGGAGCAAUGAGUUGGACAUCUCCCUGCAGCACAGCUCCAACAUGAGACCGUACAACUGGAGCUACACACAGUUCUCCCAGUUUAACUCCGAUGACUCCCUCCUUCUGGUGUCAGGUGUCUUUGUGGGGCCUCACAACUCCUCGUCAGGAGAGAUUGCCGUCAUCAGCAUGGAGAACUUCACGCUGCUUUCCAGGGUGAGGAAUAAACCCUAUGAUGUGUUUGGCUGCUGGCUGAAUGAAACCAACUUGAUAUCUGGCAAUCUGCAUCGGAUUGGGCGUAUAACCUCCUGUUCCGUGCUGUGGCUGAACAACGCUUUCCAGGGCAUAGAGUCAGAGAAUGUGAAUGUAGUGAAGAGACUGUUCAAAAUCCAGAACCUGAAUGCCAGCACUAUCCGGACCGUGAUGGUGGCUGACUGCAGCCGCGACAGCGAGGAAGAGGAGGCCAAGCCCAAGCAGACUCCGGAGCCAGCAGUACAGGAAUUGCCAGAUGACGGGGGGGUGACAGCAGAGGACGGGCUGCAGCAGUUCUUUGAUGAUAUCAUGGAGGGCCGUGUGAGGCCUGCCAUGACAGAGACAGAGUUGGAGACGAAGGUGGCUGAGCUGUUCGUACGCAACAGAACUAAACCGCCUGAGCUGAACCUGCUCUCCACGGACAGCAACAGCAAGACAAAAUACUUAAUCUUCACCACAGGAUGCCUCACCUACUCCCCGCACCAGAUAGGGAUUAAAAGGAUCCUGCCCCAUCAGAUGACGACUGCCGGGCCAGUGCUUGGGGAGGAGAGGCGCUCGGAUGAGUUCUUUGACUCACUGGAUCACGUCAUUGACAUCCAUGGACACAUCAUCGGCAUGGGCCUCUCCCCUGACCACAGGUACCUGUACGUGAACAGCCGUGCCUGGCCUCGGGACUGUGUCAUCUCCGACCCGAUGCAGCCACCCCCCAUCGCCGAGGAGAUCGAUCUGCACGUGUUCGACCUGAAGACAAUGAAGGAGGUGAAAAGAGCCCUCCGCGCGCAUCGGGCCUACACACCGAACGAGGAGUGCUUCUUCAUCUUCCUGGAUGUCAGCAGGGACUUCGUAGCAAGUGGGGCAGAGGAUCGCCAUGGCUACAUCUGGGACCGGCACUAUAACAUCUGCCUGGCCAAACUGCAGCACGACAACGUGGUCAACUCGGUGGCGUUCAGCCCGGUGGAGCAGGAGCUGCUCCUGACAGCCAGCGACGACACCACCAUCAAGGUGUGGCGCUCCCCUCGCGCGGUGCGCAUCCAGCAGGCCAGGAAGCCUAGGCCCAGGAAACUGCUCUUCUCCUGGCUCAUGAACCAGAAAAGCUGAACCCAGGUACACCUGCUCCUGCAGCUUCCUCACUGCAGCCACCUCCUCUGGAGCUUGCAGAGCUUUGAGCCCUGCACAACAGAGACGAGCUCUGGGCGCAUGAAUCCCAUCCGCUGAGUCAGGAGGGACCCCCGCAGCGGGAAUUGCUUCCUCCUUGGAGCAUCUGCUUCAAAGACAGAACGUAAGAGCCGAAGGCCUGUUCCUGGGCCUGGUGGGCAGCAGCCCAAGCUGGUCACUGCAGGGUAGGCUCCCCACAGCUUCUCACAAACGCUGCUACUUGGUCACAGCUCUCUCUGGGUGAGCUUUGGUCUCUGAGAACAGACUGAGGCACGUCUCCAGCGUUUGUACUGUGUGAGCCUGGGACGUGGCUGACCUUGCCGAGAGCUACCAGCUGCAGAGCACUUGGCAGAAGCCGCGGUACAGUGCUGUGCUGCCUUACUGCAGGACUCUUUUAAUAUAUAGUAAUUUUAUUAAUGUGUGUUUGUCCCAAACCUCCACGGGCAACUCGUCUGGCUGCUGGGUAAUGCUGAGUGCCUCCUCCUAC